AAAUCUACGUCUAAACUUUAAACUGAAGAAUGCUUUAGAUCAGGAAGACCAUGAGAGAAAAACAUGACGAAACAUGAGAGGUCCUAAAAAUUUUCAGUUUUCUUUCGAAUUUCUAUGGUUAUAUACUCGAAUCAGUGAUGUGAAAAUUGCGAAUUGCAAUUAUCUCUUUUCAUUCACUAUUUUUUAUUUUCAAAUAGAAAGUUUAAAAGUAAAGAAUAAUUAGAGUUUGUCAUGGGUCGGUCAAACAGGCUGAAUUUCAAGUUUUGGACCAUUUUGGAAACCUAAUUUAUAAUCACAUGGUUCCCUGAUACCCGAUAAAAAUCUCAAUCCAAACCAGUUCGGUAGGUGAGUCCGUGUUUACCACCAUUUUCUAGGGAUACAGGAACGACGAUUCAUAUCCCAAAUCAUGUUGUUCUCUCUUGAUUUCUUUAGAUUUUAUCAUGGCCUGACAAAAACCAGAAAGCACAAUCACGACAAGAUGAAAGUUUUAUAAAGAAAAAUUAAUCGGCCAACGGGCCGAGUAAAAGCUAGCAACGAUUGUGAGAUGCUCAUUUCCCGAAGACCGGCGGGAUAUGUGUCUUUUUAUUAGAUUUUCUUGAAUUUGGUUUCUAUAAAACUUAUUCCACCUCAUCAUAUUACCAGAAAUAAUAUUGUUUCACAAGGUAACAUGUACUUGAUUUUGGUUCAUAAGGCUGAUUUUUUAUUCGUUGCAUCAUUCAUCUCUCUUUUCUGCUAAAAUUCACUAUCUUUUCACGUGUUUCCAAAAAAAAAUAUCACAAUAAGCUAUACACCCCAUUACAUUAUCAAAUUUCAUACCUCAUCUUUCUCCGGCCAACUGGCCGGGACCCACACUAGUAAGUUAUCAAUGUACAAAGGCGUUGGGCUUGGGUGAAGAGUUCGGCCGGCUGAACGGGCUUUUGUGUCCGGGCCGGAGCUUCCUACCCGAGUUUGGGCUUGGGUUUUUUUUUUUUUGGUGAUAUAUGUGAAACACUUGUGGGUCUUGGGUAGAUCCGGGGCGGGUUGUAAUAUGGUCUUUUGCUCGUUGAUGCAUGAAGCCCGAGCAACGGAACGUGAUGUAAAUAUGGUCUCAAUAAUAGCGAAGGUGAUGGUGUACUAUAAUGCCUUCCAUCCAUUGGAAUGGCCUUUCCUCUUUCCAGUAUCUCACCUCUAAGAUUUCGGAAGGAUUGCGAAAUUGUACGAGAGAUUAUAUUAGGUGUAUUAUUAAUUGGUUAAUUGGUUUCAUUGGUUAACAAUGUUGAAACCAAACCAAAUAAGCUAAAUUAUUUAGCCAAAUCAAACCAAUUGUCCAAAUUAACCAAACCAAAUUAACUGAAUGCUACUGGUUAAUAUGAUUACCACGGUAACCAUAUCGUUUGAACACCCCUACUCCUAAUGCAGUUGUGACAUUCCUCAAACCAGGGACGAUAUCCUCGGAUUAUUAAUUUCUUAUUCAAUAAACAACAAUAGUAUUCACUCCAUUCCAAGUGGGAGCAGAUCCGGUGAGUAUUCUUGUGGUGAGUAACUCAUGCAUAACCCAAUAAGAAUCUGUCACAUCAGUGCCUCCUUCUCUCUCCUCGAAAAAUCAUUAAUUUUAUUUCCCUUAAUCUUUAACGGACGAUUUCUCACUCGUUUUAACUCGGAAUUUAAUUUUUUUUUGCACAGUUAGAUCAGAUUAAUUGUGCUCUUCAAAAUGAUAUCCACUUUGAUAUUUUUUGGAACAAAAAAAAUUUGACAGUUAUAACCAGUCAAUACUUUAUGGUAUAGUCAAUACCAUAUGGUAUUUACUGGUAUUAAAUAACAGCAUACCAAAUGGUUUGAAAAAUACCACCUUAUAACAGGGUGGUAUAUUAUGGUAUGGAGUUGGUAACGAUUCAAAAUGAUAUCCACUUUGAUAUUUUUUGGAACAAAAAAAAUUUGCCAGUUAUUACCAUUCAAUACCAUAUGGUAUUGACUAGUAUUAAAUAACAACAUACCAUAUGGUAUGAAAAAUACCACCUCAUACCAGGGUGGUAUAGUAUGGUAUGGAGUUGGUAACGAGAGGUAUGGAAUUUUUUCCCCCAGAAAAUUUUGAAAUCCAAUAGAUCAUGAUUAAAUCGUUCCUUUUGUGCAAAAAUUUCCGAAAAUGACUAUACUACGAAGGAGAUACUAUAUGGUAUGGAGUUGGUAACGAGAGGGAUGAAAAAAAAAAUUCUCAAAAAAUAUUGAAAAUGGAUAUAAUUUUGUAGAGCACAACGAACUCGUUCCAUCUGUGCAAAAAAAUUGAAAUCCGAGUUAGAAUGAAGAAGAUAUGAUCCAAUUAAGAAAACUAGGGAAAAUAAACUCCUUUAAUUCUCCACCCUUAAAUCUGUAGCCACUUAAAAGAAGGGUCCAGAUUUGGUUACUCGUUGUUACUCACCCUAUCUUGAGUCAUUCCAAGUUCAAUAAGAAAGGAUUAGACAAAGAAGGUACCUAAAUAGUGCCUAUAGGACAGAGGCCUAACUUUUUCUUAGUGCACAAAUCAGACUUACACUUACACUAACUCGCUUAAAAAAUAAUAGUUAUUGUUGUUGAACUUGAACCCGAUCUCCAUAAAAAUAGGAAUUGUCACUUUGAGCUAAUUAAGCAAAAUGGAUUGCAAGUUUGGUCACUCAUAUUACCUAUUUGCUACACGUUAGCCACCCGAAUCACUUUCACUUUAAUUUGGUCAUUGAUACUACACAUUUAUGUCAUUCUUGGUCACUCACCGUCUAGUUUCGUUAACUCUGUCCUAGGUGGCAGUCAACAUUUAUGUUUGACCGUUAAAAAGCUGAUGUGUCAGUUAAAAAUAAAUAAAACAUAAACAAUAAUUAUUUUUAUUUCCACAUCAUACUAAAAUUUAAUAAAAAUAUAUUUAAAUAAAAAAUUAAUUUCAUGAAAAGUCCUCUAUCUUCUCCUUCUCCCCUCACGACAAACCCCCAACCCUUCUUCCCACAGCAAUCCGCCGCUCUAAAAUCUCCGACGGAAAUGCAGCGAACGAAGCAGAAGAAACCCACAACUCUCCUCCUCCCCUGCGCUCUCUCUUCUCCAACGAACAAACCCAGACCUAGCAACCUAGCCUCCGACAAGCUCCUCCCCUGCGCUCCCUCCUCCGCCGCUUCCCUUACUGCCACCGCUAUCUCCUCUUCGUCGACAGUCGCAAGCAAUCGCCGCCGCCUUCAAUCUCCAGCCAUCGCUCGUCGCCCUGGUGAGCAACCAGAGAAGAUCCGCUGCUCGAUUUGUGAUUCAGGAGUGAAGACAAGCGCUAUACAUCCUUCUUCCCAAAUCGAGGAAGGGAGGGGCUGGUAGUAGCAAAGUAGACAGUAAGCACAUUUUAUAAUGAAAUCCUUUUCCCUAUAGAGACCCAAAAAAAUUUUGACCCUGCAACUCCAAUUGAUUCAACAACAGGAGAGAAGCCGCCAUGACCUCAAGUAAUUCGGCGCCAGCCACGGCGGCGGAUUGCUGAGAGAGCGGCAAGAGACCGUGAUGCUCCCCGACGAUCUAGAAGUAGCAACCGUCGGAAGCAGGGUCGAGAGAUCGUCGCCUCUGCUUCCCCGUUGAUGGAACGCAUGGCCGGAACAGAAAGAAGGAAGAGGAAGAGGAAGAAACAGAGGAGAUGGCGGCGAAGUGCGAGCGCCGACGGAAAGGGGAAGGCCAUGUCGGUGGGUUGCCUUUUCUUUGGAGGUCACUCGCUUUAUUAAUAUGUAUAUUAGUUAUUGUUUUUAUGAAAAUAAAAUAUUUGUUAGAUU